CACGCCGCAGGGACAGUCCGGGACCCGGGUUCUUCUGAGUCAUCCACCGGCAGCUUUUUCAGCGCGGUGUUGUUGAAAGAUGACACCUUACCUUUGGCAUCACUGCGCCUUUUGGUCCCACCUUUCCAGCUCAUGACAGCCUCUAUGUGGCAGGUGCUGAAGAAACAGGAUGUCAUGAACUACUGGAAAGUGGCAGAGUUUGUCUCUUUAGUAAUGGACAUGGUCCCAGAGCUGCUAAUGUACAAGUACAGGACACAACUGAACCUGGGAUUAAGAGCUAGGUACAUCCUUGAGUUGUGCCGACGUGACGAGCUUGUGGAAAAUGACUUAAUCUUAUCUCACUUGGACAAGAUUAAAUCACAGCACCCCACCCAGGUAGAUAUGAAAGAAGAAGAGGAAGUAGCAGGUAACUUUCUUGAGUUGAUCCACAUUCUGGUCAAAGAUCCUGAAGAGAGACGAGACUUUUUCUUGGAGGUCUUUCCUGCAGAGUAUGGACCACAGUAUGACCGUGAUUUGCAGACACUGUUCUGGGAGUUUCUCUGUCGACUGGCUCAGCUGUUGCCAGUUCCUGACCUUGAACAGACUGCCUCCUGGCUUGGAGCUGAAUGCUCUGUGUUGGAGGAUUGUGUGCAUUCAGUCUCGGAGCCCACAGACCUGAAAAAUUUACUCCAGCACCACAAACAUCUAGGGAAUUUAGAGCAACAUGUUCCACCUUCUAGCAUGGGAGACAGCAUCCUUUCCUCCCUCUCUGCAGUUGCUCCAAGCAGAGUGGCAAAAACUACAGAACAAUCCAACCAGUCAAGUCCUUUGCAAGGCCUCAGCGAUGAAACACACACUGUAUCAUUUGUGGAUGAUGUGGCAGUUGAAAUAAUCACAGUGACAGAUUAUGCAGAGGUUGAAUUAGGCACAAGCACCGACAUCGAGGUGGUAAUGGGAGAGCACAGCUAUGAAGGAACAGACGGCAGCACAGCGGCUGAAGGUUCGCUGGUUGUGCUUCCUGAGGAGACGACCAGGGAAGAGGAAGUUGGUGAAGGAGGGGGAGAGGUGACACAAAAGGUUGGAAGUGGUUUGAUAAACAUCAUCCAUCCAGAAGUAAACAGGGACGACUCAGCUUCCUCCCAACACAAAAUCUCUGUGGGACCUCAUGACUGCCCAGACUGUGAGAAGAAAUUUAAGUUUGCCUCUUCACUCAUCGCCCACAGGGUCAUCCACACCGGUGAGCGCCCCCACCGCUGCAACGACUGCGGUCGCUGCUUCUCUUUCAGGCAGUCCCUCGACAGACACAGACACACGCACAAAACUGGACGCAAGUAUGACUGCGUCAUCUGCGGCGAGACCUUCCACUCCUUGUCCGCCCGCACAGAGCACAAGCAAACACACAUGGAAGACGGUGUUUACAUAUGCCAGCAGUGCAACAGGAAGUUCACCUGGGAGCUAGCACUUGCAAGGCACCUUAAAACUCACACUGAUGAUCACAGCACUGACGAGCCCACGGAGAACCAAAACGAUGAGCUAGAGGUUUUUAUAAGUGAUGAAAAUGUCUGUGAGGAUCCUGUUGAACUUGUGGAGCCGGACUGCCAGCUGCAAUAUAGUGAUCAGGAUCCAGAGAAUGCAGAAAUUCAGAGCAGUGAGGGUCCCACCUGUGAGUCUGGAGGCCUGGUCCCUGAACUUCUUAAUCAAGUCAUCUCUGCAGUGAAAGUUCGCACGAGUGGGCGCAAACGCAAGCCGACCAUGAAGAUUCAGGUGAUAAAUUUACAGAAGCGCAUGGCCACUAAGAGAAAGAAGAUCACCCAAGUCAACCCUCCAGCCCUGAAGCCUUUGCCUCUCAGUUGUGCAGAGCACUCUUACGGCUCGCCCAUGGUCUCAUCGAAGGACAGUGAUGAAAGUUCUGUCGGAGAUGUGUCAUCAGCUGCUUUCUCCUGUCCGAAGUGCUCCUUCCACCAUUCAGAAGAGGUGCAGGUCCAGCAGCACAUUGACAGUGUUCACUCUGAGGUUGAGGAGGACAAACCGUCUCUUCAGCCUCUUGCGGAUGAAGAAGGACGUUUUAGUUGUUCAGACUGUGACAAGAGCUUCAAGUUCCAGUCUUUACUAAAAGCCCAUCAGCGCAUCCACACAGGCGAGCAGCCCUUCCUGUGCUCUCAGUGCGGACGACGUUUCUCCUUCAAACAGUCACUGGAGCGGCACAAGCAGACGCACAAAUCUGGACGCAAGUACGAGUGCCUGAUCUGCGGGGAGCUCUUCAAGUCACUGGUGGCUCAGAGGGAGCACAAGAGCACCCACAUGGAGAACGGUGAGUACCUGUGUUCAGAGUGCGGCCGGGCGUUCGCCUGGAAGUCAGCACUGGUGAGGCAUCUGAAGACCCACGGCGAAGAUGCUGACAAGGCGGAGCGUUCUCACAAAUGCCCCCGCUGUGACCUGGGCUUCAGCUGUGCCAGCUACCUCAACCGGCACCUCCAGACUCACCAGGAAGAACGAGUGCACAGCUGCAACUGUGGAAAGAGCUUUGCCUACCGGGCGGCUCUCACCGCACACCAACGCAUCCAUCAGAAAGAGCGGCCGCACAUGUGCACACAGUGCGGCAAGGGAUUCCUCUACAAGGGCGGUUUGCUGAGCCACAUGAAGAUCCACUCAGAGGAGAUGCCCUUUAUGUGUUCCUUCUGUGGCAAGAGCUUCAAGAGAGAACGCAACAUGAAGAAGCACGAGCGCUGCCACACCAGGGAGAACGUCUUCAGCUGCUCGCAGUGUGACAAGAGUUUUGUCUACAAGGCGACUCUGAUCAGACACGAGCUGACUCAUUCAGGCGAGAGGCCGUACCUGUGCUCUGACUGUGGGAAGGGUUUCUAUUCCCACGCAGAGCUCCUGAAGCACGAGAGAUUCCACACAGGCCACAAGCCCUUCCAGUGCCCCCACUGUGGCAAGAAAUUCACUCAGUCCUGCUACCUGACCAUCCACCUGCGCUACCACACCGGAGUCCGGCCCUACUCCUGCACAGAGUGUGACAAGAGCUUCCUCAGUGCCAACCGCCUUAAAAGACACCAGCGAACACAUUCAGGGGAAAAGCCAUACCUCUGUGUAGUGUGUGGGAAGGGAUUCAGGCAGUCCUAUAAUCUGAAAAUGCAUCAACGAACACAUAUCAUGAAGGUAACAUAGUGAAGCAAGACUCAGAACUUAUUGAUAUGGAGAUUGUUUUGGAAAUUGAAAUUGUAUGAUAUAGUUUGGACUGGGACAAAAGCAACUGUAGAAACACUGUUUUGGCUCUCCCUCUUAUGUAACUGCAUCUAGUGUUGAAACUUCAAGCUAGCAAGAACAGGUUCAUGUUGAAUUUCCCCUUUUUCCAUUAUACAUUUAUUUUCAUGCUUGUGUUGCAAUUAAAGUGCACUGAGCAGAGAGGUGUGUUUUUCAGAUGCAUUGUGAUGUAGUUUUUGUCUUAUUUGGCUCA